GCGUGAGUCUGAAUCAUCGAUAGGGAGACUGUCGGAGCAAAGAAUCUAGAGUGAUGGGACCUGAGUGAAGGAACAGCCGCGAGUGAUCACUCUCCAAGCCGGUUAUGACAGGCAGUGGCACCCGGUGUGUGUGAGGUUAGUGUGGUGCUCUCUCUCUCUCUCUCUCUAGACAGAGCUGAGGUGAAAGGGUCAGGAUGGCUUCAGCCUGUGCUGAGAUCUGUGGGUCAGACUACGCUGAACAGACGACGCAGCACGACCAGCGAUACGGAGUCAGAUCAUACCUCCACCAGUUCUACGAGGAGUGUACUGCCUCCAUCUGGGAACGCGACGAAGACUUUCAGAUUCAGAGAUCGCCUAGUCGGUGGAGCUCUGUCCUCUGGAAGGUCUGUCUAGCGUUAGGAACCCUGAUUCUGGUGACAGGCCUCAUUGUCCUACUGGUGGGCUACUCCACCCCGACUAAGAUCGAAGCGUUCGGGGAAGACGAGCUCCUCUUCGUCGACAGCCACGCUGUGCGCUACAACCGAGCCUUGGACGUGUGCAAGCUGACGGGCGCCGUGCUGUUCUGCGUGGGCGGCGGCCUGAUGGCCGUAGGUCUCCUCCUCUCGGCCUUCUCAAAGAGCUACUCCAAGGAGGAGCUGUACCUGCAGCAGAAGUUUAAGGAGAGGCUGGUUGAUAUCCAGAAUACCGUCCAUCCCGUCACCAGAGCCCCUACUCCGGGGGAGAGUAAGAUCCCUGUCACCCUGUCUAAAGUGCAAAGUGUCCAGCCCAACUCAGAGACAUAACAGUUAUCGAUGUAGUAGUGAGAGGUAGAUCAUCAGUGGUGUUCAUGUGUCCUUGUUUCCUUACCCUUCUAAAGGUCAGCUUACGUCAUUUUAGUGCUUCUCCUUAAAAACAAAUCCUGUGUAUCCAGCACUUAGACUAAAAGCUGCAGGAGGAAUCACACAGCUCCUUUCAUGUAACGCUGUGUAAUUAAGGCUGCAGGAGGUUUCACACAGCUCAUUUCAUGUAACGCUGUGUUAUAAAGGCCACAGGAGGUUUCACACAGCUCCUUUCAUGUAACGCUGUGUUAUUAAGGCAGCAGGAGGUUUCACACAGCUCCUUUCAUGUAACGCUGUGUUAUAAAGGCUGCAGGAGGAAUCACACAGCUCAUUUCAUGUAACGCUGUGUUGUAAAGGCUGCAGGAGGAAUCACACAGCUCCUUUCAUGUAACGCUGUGUAUUUAAGGCUGCAGGAGGAAUCACACAGCUCCUUUCAUGUAAGGCUGUGUUAUAAAGGCUGCAGGAGGAAUCACACAGCUCAUUUCAUGUAACGCUGUGUUGUAAAGGCUGCAGGAGGAAUCACACAGCUCCUUUCAUGUAAAUCUGUGUUAUAAAGGCUGCAGGAGGAAUCACACAGCUCCUUUCAUGUAACGCUGUGUAAUUAAGGCUGCAGGAGGAAUCACACAGCUCCUUUCAUGUAACGCUGUGUUAUAAAGGCUGCAGGAGGAAUCACACAGCUCCUUUCAUGUAACGCUGUGUUAUAAAGGCUGCAGGAGGUUUCACACAGCUCCUUUCAUGUAACGCUGUGUUAUAAAGGCUGCAGGAGGAAUCACACAGCUCCUUUCAUGUAACGCUGUGUAAUUAAGGCUGCAGGAGGAAUCACACAGCUCCUUUCAUGUAACGCUGUGUAUUUAAGGCUGCAGGAGGUUUCACACAGCUCCUUUCAUGUAACGCUGUGUAAUUAAGGCUGCAGGAGGAAUCACACAGCUCCUUUAAUGUAACGCUGUGUUAUAAAGGCUGCAGGAGGUUUCACACAGCUCCUUUCAUGUAACGCUGUGUUAUAAAGGCUGCAGGAGGAUUCACACAGCUCCUUUCAUGUAACGCUGUGUAAUUAAGGCUGCAGGAGGAAUCACACAGCUCCUUUCAUGUAACGCUGUGUAAUUAAGGCUGCAGGAGGUUUCACACAGCUCCUUUCAUGUAACGCUGUGUAAUUAAGGCUGCAGGAGGUUUCACACAGCUCCUUUCAUGUAACGCUGUGUAAUUAAGGCUGCAGGAGGAAUCACACAGCUCCUUUCAUGUAACGCUGUGUUAUAAAGGCUGCAGGAGGAAUCACACAGCUCCUUUCAUGUAACGCUGUGUUAUAAAGGCUGCAGGAGGUCUCACACAGCUCCUUUCAUGUAACGCUGUGUUAUAAAGGCUGCAGGAGGAAUCACACAGCUCCUUUCAUGCAACGCUGUGUUAUUAAGGCCGCAGGAGGUCUCACACAGCUCCUUUCACGUCAAUCUGUGUUAGUGUCAACUACUAGCUGGGUUACAAUCAACCUACGUGAUUAAUGUACCUAGACCAAGAAACUAACAGACUCACUGUAUAGAGCAGUGGUUCUCACCCUGGGUACUUAUCCUAUCCACAGAGGGUACUUAUCAUAUCCACAGGCAGAACUUAUCUUAUCCACAGAGGGUACUUAUCAUAUCCACAGAGGGUACUUAUCCUAUCCACAGGCAGAACGUAUCCUAUCCACAGGCAGAACUUAUCCUAUCCACAGGCAGAAGUUAUCCAAUCCACGGGGGGUACUUAUCCUAUCCACAUGCAGAACUUAUCCUAUCCGCAUGGGGAACUUAUCCUAUCCACAUGGGGUACUUAUCCUACCCACAGGCAGAACUUAUCCUAUCCACAGGGGAUACUUAUCCUAUCCACAUGCAGAACUUAUCCUAUCCGCAUGGGGAACUUAUCCUAUCCACAUGGGGUACUUAUCCUACCCACAGGCAGAACUUAUCCUAUCCACAGGGGGUACUUAUCCUAUCCACAUGCAGAACUUAUCCUAUCCGCAUAGGGAACUUAUCCUAUCCACAUGGGGUACUUAUUCUAUCCACAGGCAGAACUUAUCCUAUCCACAGGCAGAACGUAUCCUAUCCACAGGGGGUACUUAUCCUAUCCACAGGCAGAACUUAUCCUAUCCACAGACAGAACUUAUCCUAUCCACAGGGGGUACUUAUCCUAUCCACAGGCAGAACUUAUCCUAUCCACAGACAGAACGUAUCCUAUCCACAGGGGGUACUUAUCCUAUCCACAGGCAGAAAUCAUCCUAUCCACAGACAGAACUUAUCCUAUCCAUAGGCAGAACUUAUCCUAUCCACAUGCAGAACUUAUCCUAUCCACAGGGGGUACUUAUCCUAUCCACAGGGGGUACUUAUCCUAUCCACAGGCAGAACUUAUCCUAUCCACAGGGGGUACUUAUCCUAUCCACAGGCAGAACGUAUCCUAUCCACAGGGGGUACUUAUCCUAUCCACAGGCAGAACUUAUCCUAUCCACAGGGGGUACUUAUCCUAUCCACAGGCAGAACUUAUCCAAUCCACGGGGGUUACUUAUCCUAUCCACAGAGGGUACUUAUCAUAUCCACAGGCAGAACUUAUCCUAUCCACAGAGGGUACUUAUCAUAUCCACAGAGGGUACUUAUCCUAUCCACAGAGGGUACUUAUCCUAUCCACAGGCAGAACGUAUCCUAUCCACAGGCAGAACUUAUCCUAUCCACAGAGGGUACUUAUCAUAUCCACAGGCAGAACUUAUCCAAUCCACGGGGGGUACUUAUCCUAUCCACAUGCAGAACUUAUCCUAUCCGCAUGGGGAACUUAUCCUAUCCACAUGGGGUACUUAUCCUACCCACAGGCAGAACUUAUCCUAUCCACAGGGGGUACUUAUCCUAUCCACAUGCAGAACUUAUCCUAUCCGCAUAGGGAACUUAUCCUAUCCACAUGGGGUACUUAUCCUAUCCACAGGCAGAACUUAUCCUAUCCACAGACAGAACGUAUCCUAUCCACAGGGGGUACUUAUCCUAUCCACAGGCAGAAAUCAUCCUAUCCACAGACAGAACUUAUCCUAUCCACAGGCAGAACUUAUCCUAUCCACAUGCAGAACUUAUCCUAUCCACAGGGGGUACUUAUCCUAUCCACAGGCAGACCUUAUCCUAUCCACAGGGGGUACUUAUCCUAUCCACAGGCAGAACGUAUCCUAUCCACAGGGGGUACUUAUCCUAUCCACAGGCAGAACUUAUCCUAUCCACAGGGGGUACUUAUCCUAUCCACAGGCAGAACUUAUCCUAUCCACAGACAGAACUUAUCCUAUCCACAGGGGGUACUUAUCCUAUCCACAGGCAGAACUUAUCCUAUCCACAGACAGAACGUAUCCUAUCCACAGGGGGUACUUAUCCUAUCCACAGGCAGAAAUCAUCCUAUCCACAGACAGAACUUAUCCUAUCCACAGGCAGAACUUAUCCUAUCCACAUGCAGAACUUAUCCUAUCCACAGGGGGUACUUAUCCUAUCCACAGGCAGACCUUAUCCUAUCCACAGGGGGUACUUAUCCUAUCCACAGGCAGAACGUAUCCUAUCCACAGGGGGUACUUAUCCUAUCCACAGGCAGAACUUAUCCUAUCCACAGGGGGUACUUAUCCUAUCCACAGGCAGAACUUAUCCUAUCCACAGGCAAAACUUAUCAUAUCCACGGGGGGGUACUUAUCCUAUCCACAGGGGCACUUAUCCUAUCCACAGGCAGAAUGUAUCCUAUCCACAGGCAGAACUUAUCCUAUCCACAGGCAGAACUUAUCCUAUCCACAGGGGGUACUUAUCCUAUCCGCAGGGGGUACUUAUCCUAUCCACAUGGGGUACUUAUCCUAUCCACAGGCAGAACUUAUCCUAUCCACAGGGGUUCUUAUCAUAUCCACAGGGGGUACUUAUCCUAUCCACAUGGGGAACUUAUCCUAUCCACAGGCAGAACUUAUCCUAUCCACAGGGGGUACUUAUCCUAUCCACAUGGGGAACUUAUCCUAUCCACAGGCAGAACUUAUCCUAUCCACAGGCAGAACUUAUCCUAUCCACAGGGGGUACUUAUCCUAUCCACAUGGGGAACUUAUCCUAUCCACAGGCAGAACUUAUCCUAUCCACAGGCAGAACUUAUCCUAUCCACAGGGGGUACUUAUCCUAUCCACAUGGGGAACUUAUCCUAUCCACAGGCAGAACUUAUCCUAUCCACAGGGGGUACUUAUCCUAUCCACAUGGGGUACUUAUCCUAUCCACAGGCAGACCUUAUCCUAUCCACAGGCAGAACUUAUCCUAUCCACAGGCAGACCUUAUCCUAUCCACAGGGGGUACUUAUCCUAUCCACAUGGGGUACUUAUCCUAUCCACAUGGGGUACUUAUCCUAUCCACAGGCAGAACGUAUCCUAUCCACAGGCAGAACUUAUCCUAUCCACAUGGGGUACUUAUCCUAUCCACAGGCAGAACGUAUCCUAUCCACAGGGGGUACUCAUCCUAUCCACAGGGGGUACUUAUCCUAUCCACAGGGGGUACUCAUCCUAUCACAGGCAGAACUUAUCCUAUCCACAGGGGGUACUUAUCCUAUCCACAGGGGGUACUCAUCCUAUCCACAGGCAGAACUUACCCUAUCCACAUGGGGUACUUAUCCUAUCCACAGGGGGUACUUAUCCUAUCCACAGGGGGUACUUAUCCUAUCCACAGGGGGUACUUGGGAAGACUCAUCAGAACGUAAGCCUACUGGUCAAAUGAGGGGGUACUUCUGGGGUACAGUAAACAGAAAAGGUAGCAAACCACUAAUAUAGAGGACAUGCCCUGAGUGGACAAAACAUUAAGAACACCUGCUCUUCCCAUGAGACUGACCAGGGGAAUCAUCUCUGGGCUAGUAUCCCGAACUAACACUGACUGGACAAAACAUUAAGAACACCUGCUCUUUCCAUGACAUAGACUGACCAGGUGAAUCCAGGUGAAAGCUAUGAUCCCUCAUUGAUUUCCCUUAAAUCCACUUCAAUCAGUGUAGAUGAAGGGGAGGAGACAAGUUAAAGAAGGAUUUUUAAGCCUUGAGACAAUUAGAGACAUGGAUUGUGUAUGUGUGCCAUUCAGAGGGUGAAUGGGGCAAGACUAAAGAUUUAAGUGCCUGUAAACGGGGUCUGGUAGUAGGUGCCAGACGCACCAGUUUCAGUGUGUCAAGAACUGCACCGCUGCUGGGUUUUUCACACUCAACUGUUUCCCGUGUGUGUCAAGAAUGGUCCACCACCCAAAAGGACAUCCAGCCCACUUGACACAACUGUGGGAAGCAUUGGAGUCAACAAGGGCCAGCCUCCUUGUGGAACGGCUUUCGACACCUUGUAGAGUCCACGAGCCCAGACGAAUUGAGUCUGUUUCCUGCAACUCAAUAUGAGGAAGGUGUUCUUAAUGUUUUGUCCAACUCAGUGUCUCCACUAACGACUAGAGGCAUCACACAGCUCCUUUGAUCUAACUCUUUAUCAGUGACACUCAGUCACUGUCUAGCGUAGGUUUUUCAUCUUGACUGGAUUUAUGAGUGUCAUCUUCAGCAGUGAAGAAUCGAAAGAAUGGGGGUCCCUUUUUCCCAAAACUAUCUAUAUUGAUCCGAAGCAAUUGCUGCCAACUGUUGUUCUAUAAUUGCUGUGGUGUAACUAGCAGCAGCUGUGGUGUAACUAGCAGCAGCUGUGAUGUAACUAGCAGCAGCUGUGGUGUAACUAGCAGCAGCUGUGGUGUAACUAGCAGCAGCUGUGAUGUAACUAGCAGCAGCUGUGGUGUAACUAGCAGCAGCUGUGAUGUAACUAACAGCAACUGUGGUGUAACUAGCAGCAGCUGUGGUGUAACUAGCAGCAGUUGUGAUGUAACUAACAGCAACUGUGGUGUAACUAGCAGCAGCUGUGGUGUAACUAGCAGCAGUUGUGAUGUAACUAACAGCAACUGUGGUGUAACUAACAGCAACUGUGGUGUAACUAGCAGCAGCUGUGGUGUAACUAGCAGCAGCUGUGGUGUAACUAGCAGCAGCUGUGGUGUAACUAGCAGCAGCUGUGGUGUAACUAGCAGCAGCUGUGGUGUAACUAGCAGCAGCUGUGGUGUAACUAACAGCAGCUGUGGUGUAACUAACAGCAGCUGUGGUGUAACUAGCAGCAGCUGUGGUGUAACUAGCAGCAGUUGUGAUGUAACUAACAGCAGCUGUGAUGUAACUAACAGCAGCUGUGGUGUAACUAACAGCAACUGUGGUGUAACUAACAGCAGCUGUGGUGUAACUAUCAGCUGUGAUGUAACUAGCAGCAGCUGUGGUGUAACUAGCAGCAGCUGUGGUGUAACUAGCAGCAGUUGUGAUGUAACUAACAGCAGCUGUGGUGUAACUAGCAGCUGUGGUGUAACUAACAGCAGCUGUGGUGUAACUAGCAGCAGCUGUGGUGUAACUAACAGCAGCUGUGGUGUAACUAACAGCAGCUGUGGUGUAACUAGCAGCAGCUGUGGUGUAACUAGCAGCAGCUGUGGUGUAACUAUCAGCAGCUGUGGUGUAACUAGCAGCAGUUGUGAUGUAACUAACAGCAACUGUGGUGUAACUAGCAGCUGUGGUGUAACUAACAGCAGCUGUGGUGUAACUAGCAGCAGCUGUGGUGUAACUAGCAGCAGCUGUGGUGUAACUAGCAGCAGCUGUGGUGUAACUAGCAGCAGCUGUGGUGUUUGAUGUGUAGUCCUGUGAUUGAUGUUCAUUUCCUACUCAGUUCAAAGUAACACAGCUCAUUGUAACAGCGGACAGGAAGCACACAGAGUGAGGAAAAGCCUUUAACACAGAGGAUUUGUGUUCCACAGUGGUACAAUAACAACGGGAUUGCUACUGUAGUUGUGUUGUGGUUUUAAUUACGUACAAAUAAUGUAUCUUUGCAAAAAACAUAAAACAGAAUUCUCCUCAGUUCCCAGAUAAGGUAGAAGAUAUAUAGAUUUUAUCAAACAGUUGAAACGUCUCUAAAGGAUCAAUCUUACAUUUACAUUCUGAUCUGUCACCACCUCUCUUGGAUUCAAACCCCUAUGUCAUGUUAUCAUAAAUCACAACAUCAGAUUCAAACCCCUAUGUCAUGUUGUUAUAAAUCACAACAUCAGAUUCAAACCCCUAUGUCAUGUUGUCAUAAAUCACAACAUAGAAUCUAUAGACACAAGGCAGGGUGAUAAAGAUACUGGGCUGCUGAGGACAUCAGAUGCACCAGACGCUGGACGUGACGUUACAUUAGACUACUGUUCUGUCAGUUCAGACACAACGGAGCUCUGGCAGGGGUAGAACGGAGACUAAAAGCUGCUACAUUUUGUUUAUAGGGGGAAACCAGGUGAUCUGGGACUUAACAAGAGCUGAAUAUUCUGUGUUGCAGCUUUCUUUAACCUUUUGGAUUAAUUUCUCUUCAAAUGAAUAUAUCAGCUUUGAAUUUUCAUGUUUGUAAAAUACCAUUAUUGUAAAAUACCAAGUACCAUAGUGUGUGAUCUGAUGAACUGACCUUUCAUAUUCGAACUGACCCCUGACCCCCUUCCUUCCUUCCUCUUUUAUUUUUAUAACUGUGAGAUGUGACAUCAUCCAAACUCAUCCUGUACUAGACACAACGCAGGCCAGGUGUGAAAACAGACAAAACAAGAGAUCACCUGUAACUAACGAUGACACCUCACCUGGAACAGUGGAGGCUGGUGGGGCGGAGAUAUCGGAGGACGGGCUCAUUGUUAACGGCUGGGAAUGGAAUAAACGGAGGGGCGUCAAAACACGUGACAACUUUCGUAUCCGUUCCCUUCCAACCGUUAUGAUGAGCCUGUCCUGACUACAUCACCCACCCACCAGCCUCCACUGACCUGUAACCAAGGUAACCAUUAUGAUGAGCCCGUCCUAACUACAUCACCCACCCACCAGCCUCCACUGACCUGUAACCAAGGUAACCAUUAUGAUGAGCCUGUCCUGACUACAUCACCCACCCACCAGCCUCCACUGACCUGUAACCAAGGUAACCAUUACGAUGAGCCCGUCCUAACUAUAUCACCCACCCACCAGCCUCCACUGACCUUUAACCAAGGUAACCAACAUGUCAAUCUAUAGAAGACAAGUCAUGGGUGUGAGAUAAAGCUUACAAAACAAAAACCCAGUGAGAAUAACAUUACAAGCUGACUAAAGAGACAUAUAACUAUAACAGUGAUUAUACCAGUCACUUCUGAUUGGUCAGUUUGGCUUGAUGUAUCCAUAUUGUGCCAUGUUGUGAAUACAUUUAUAAUAACAUUUUAAAUGGAGUGAAUUGAAAACCUUUAUUCAAAAAACCCUGUUCCAAAAUAUUACAGAUGAGAGUUGUGUUAAAUCGAAGGGAAUAUUUGUUAUAAAAAUGGAUUCUACCUAUUCAGAGAAAGAAGGAACUAACAAAGAUAACUCUGUCCUAUAUUACAUGUCUAUUUUUCAUAUAACAUAAUAAAUACAACUUGGAAUUAUCAGCAGCUUA